GCAGAGGGACCGGGGGCCGGCGGUGGGCAGCUGCGAGAUGUAGCAGCCAAAGAUGGUCGUCUCCUCGCGGGGCGUCGCUGAGGACCGGCUGCCGCCUCCGAGCCCGGCUCGCUGACCGUCUGCCUGCGAUCCCGUCCUCCGGGGAGACCGUGAAGCUUCGCCAGGGCGUUGUUAGCAUGGGGACAAAGGCGGAGGAGGCUGUUCCAACUUCAGGAAAGUCUGGAAGUGUGCCUUACAUGAACACAGGUGAAAAAGUGAAAACCCGGAAGUUCCAGCAGGAUGUGAAGCCUAGAGAUGAGCAGUAAUUACUGCAACAACGUGUCAGUGAGCAUGAAUGUCAACGAGGUGUCCAACUUGCCCCUGACUCUGGAGCAAAAAACCGGCUUUGCCUUUGUAGGGAUCCUGUGUGUCUUUUUGGGACUUCUGAUUAUAAGAUGCUUCAAAAUCUUACUAGACCCUUAUAGCAGUAUGCCAUCUUCCACAUGGGAGGAUGAGGUCGAAGGGCUGGAUAAGGGGACGUUUGAAUAUGCUCUUGCAUGAAGAAAAAAAAAUCCCAGAAAAUUUCUCUUAAUUUCUAAAUUGCCUUAAUUUCUCUUGUUGUGGGGCUGGUUUGAUUCAUUUUGGGGUGGGUGAGGGAAUAUCCUCGUGAGGAGGCAUUUGUAAUAGACACUGACGUUUCAAAGAUGUGGCAGUGGCAUCCUUUGGUUAAAUAAAGCUUUGUUGCAGAUUCAUAAA